UCCCUGCAGUUUAGGCUACAUCUAUGCUGUGGUGCCUUGUUUUGCACUUCUGUUUAUUUUAGUUUAAUAAAAAUAUAAUAAAAUAAUAUUAUAAUAUUAAUAAAUUAAUUAAAACAAAUGAGUUUGAUUUAAGGAAGUACCUUGCGUGGACUACCAUCUUUGUUACAUUCACUGAGCCAGGUUGUGACAGUAGCAUUUUCUUUAGUGAUUUAAAAGCUCGAGAAAUACAUUUUCCCCACAGAACCUGAAGGCAGCAUUCAGUGCAUGAUGUCAGACGCCGGAAGAUAUCCUUAAACGAAACUCUACUCUUGGACAGAAAGCUCGUUGGCUUGUUGUGCUAACUAACGUUAGCUAGCAGUGCUACUUGCGAAGAAUGAAGACUUCUAACGGUAACACCAGUAUCAUGGACAUGUUUGAAAAUGGAAGAGUCCUGAAAAUAUGUGCCCCGAUGGUUCGAUAUUCAAAGCUUGCAUUCAGGUCCCUGGUGAGGAAAUACAACUGUGAUAUCUGCUUCACCCCAAUGAUAGUUGCUGCUGACUUCAUGCGAUCUGUCAAAGCCAGAGACAGUGAAUUCACCACCAAUGAGUGUGACCGGCCCCUGAUAGUGCAGUUUGCUUCCCAUGAUGCCCAGACUCUGGCUGAUGCGGCUUGUGUGGUAGCACCUUUCUCAGAUGGAGUUGACCUUAACUGUGGCUGUCCCCAAAGAUGGGCUAUGUCAGCUGGGUAUGGUGCAUGCCUCAUCAACAAGCCUGAACUUGUGAAAGACAUGGUCAGACACGUCAGAAACCAAGUGGACAAUCCAAACUAUACAGCAUCUAUCAAGAUAAGAAUUCACAAGGACCUGAGGCGAACAGUGGAUCUGUGCCAGAAGGCUGAAUCAGCCGGUGUAUCAUGGAUAACAGUCCACGGCCGAACAUCAGAAGAACGGCAUCAGCCAGUCCAUUAUGACGCCAUAAAGACAAUCAAAGACAGUGUAUCCGUCCCUGUUAUUGCCAAUGGAGACAUAAAGUACCUCCGAGAUGUGGAGUCCACUCACCGGCUUACUGGUGUUGAUGGUGUGAUGGCUGCACGGGGUUUGCUUGCUAACCCGGCCAUGUUCACCGGCUACGAGGAUACUCCUUUGGAGUGUAUAUGGGACUGGGUGGACAUCUCUGUAGAACAGGGCACUCCAUUCACCUGCUUCCACCACCAUCUUAUCUACAUGCUGGAGAGGGUUAGCUCCCAGCCUGAGAGAAAAGUGUUCAAUUCUCUAUCUAGUACCUCAGCUGUAAUAGAUUACCUCCAGAACACAUAUGGGUCAGUGCAUGAUCUAGGAACAUAAGCAUAUUGAAAUGUGAUACAUUUGAUUUUAGCUUUUUAAAAUUAAAUUUUUAUGCCAAAUAAAACUACCAAACUCUAAUUGUA